GGUACACGGUCCCUAUUUUUCCUAACAGGAGGUUUUUGGGGUUUACGUGUCCGGCUUUGGCGCAUGUGGGACGUUACUUUGACGUUACUUAUCCACUUUGUUAUAAGCUUAUUGUCGCAAAUAAAACAUCUCUUGGGCCUGGCUGACCAACGUGUCCAUGCCUCAACCUUUGAGUGUGUUCGGUUGUGUAGUGAAGGCAAAAUGUGUAAUUUGUCAGCCAUGAUCAGGUCAUGAUAUUGAAAGGUAAUCAAAUAGUGUACUCGGGAAAUUGUUAGAAUUUUGACAAAACGCGCGUGAAAUUAUUUCCUAAUUUCACUCCUCACCAAUUGAUUACCCAUACUAAUCCUUAACCCGAUAAAAUCCAACACCAGACUCAAUUAGUAAAUUAAGCUCUAAAUUAUCUACCAUUAUAUUGAUAAGCUUUAUUUGGCAGCUGAAUAAUUCUAAAAAGGCAGUACUCCUUCAGAUAAUAAGUUCGCUAAGAUUAACGUGCACUCUUGCCCCUGUGGUUAUCAGGUUUAUAUCCGAAAACAAGCCCUCCCUAAAAUAGGACCUGAGAAAAAGCACUCCCGAGAAAACGCCCUCCUGGAAAGGGCCUCCCGAGAAAAAGCCCUCACAUAAAACAAGCCCUCCUGAAAACAAGGCCCCCCGGAAAUAGGCCCCCGCGUGAAAAAGCCCUCCUGAAAGCAGGGCCUCCCGAGCACAACCCCUCCCUGAAAAAAUUUUAACGGAGGGUGAAUUAGCAUGUCAGUGCCCAAACUCUUUCCCCUCAGUUUUAUGACGUCACAGCGGUCACACAACCGCAUAAAUUUUGCAUUAUGCCUAACCACUGCCGAUCGCUUAUCACAGGAUUUCGAAUUAGUCGCAAAAAUACGCCAAUUAUAUAUCACAGUUAGGUGAUAAGAGAGUAUAUUCGAACUGUUUGACCCCGUACCGACUGACAAUAGGCGCCAAACCGCAGAUAUCCAACUUAAUACGAUUUUUGUCAGUGUUUACACCGCAGACCUUCGAUUAACAAGACCACCUUAAGAUGUCGCUCCAUGCGCGCGGUGAUCGAGCGAAUAUCGACGAUUCUCCAGCUGCGAGGAAAACGUUUUACUUCAUUUGCGUGAGAUAACCUAUGUUUAAUUCGAUACUUGGCCCAUUUUUGCGUUUUCGAACGCGCGUCUAUAAAUUCUGCCGCGGACAACCGUAUUCCGCCGAUUUCAAAAGCAAAAAGUGAUAUUCAUUUUCUAGUCAGCGAAGAAAGAAAAUACAUUAAAAAUUUAGUGCGCGUCACGGCAAAGAUAAUAGCUUUGUACUGUUUGGGCUUUAUUGUUUAAUUUGACACUUUUUUUUCCUUUUGGCCAAUAAUCCGGCUCGGAUACUCAAAGAAUAAUCGCUUGGGUCUAUUAAAAUUUCUACCUCCCACUUACAACGGUUUCUGUACGUUUUUUCUCUGCUCAGAAGAAAGAAAAAUUAACUCAAAACGACCUGAGUGUGAAUCAAGAAAAUUGCGACAUUUGAAAAAGAAAUCACUGGGAGAAAAAAUCUAAAAGUUCCGCGUUACUGGAUAAGAGUAUUUGUUCCAGCUCAAUUCUGAAGGGGAGUCUCAGUUUUAAACCCGCCAAUGAAGUUGUUUUAUCUAUUCUGCCUACACGCUUUUCCGGUGAUCUAGCAAGAGUGUCGAGAACAAUGCGUUUCAUUCCAAAUUUAUUUCAUUUGUGUUUACAUGGACAAAUUUUAGCGACGCCCUCUGGCGCAACAGUAUGUUGAAACGGCUGUAGAAUCGUCUGUGUGUAGACUGAGUUUAGCGUGUUGAAUUCAAGAACACACCGAUAAAAUGUAAAUCUACCUCACUCCGAUGGCCUUGCCUUUAUUAAAAGGAUUUCUUGUCCUUUGUUUAUUACAGUGCUGGGUUGAUUCCCACCGAAAUUUUGGUCUUCCGUGGCGGCUUCCGAAGCAUUUUAAGAUCAGCGACGAAAAGCUUCAUCGCAGAAAAGCGACACUACGCAAGAAUUCAGUUGACCCGCAUGAAAAAUCCCUUGGAUUUUCUUCACGGGGUAAAACGAAUGAGAAAUCUUAUCGACUGGCAGAAUUAUUCAAGCUUAAACCCGACAAAAAAGCUGAAUAUGCGACGAACAGUUUCAAACUUCUACCGAGAGUUCAUUAUCAUACGUCCAAAACGACAAGAAACAAGAAUUCUGUGCGGACAUCCUCAACAGCUGUUCAGUCGAGCGAAAGACUUAACAAGGACUAUGUUUUCCAAGACAUUGUUCACACUGACAGAUUGAACUCAUACGCAGUAGCACCGGCUCCAAAAGAACACAAAGGAACCAACUGGUACAUCACCACAGCGGCCACGGUCCUGAUACUGCUAUCUGUCGUAGCCCUUUGCGUUUACGCACCUUGUGGCUGCCUGUGGAAGCGCCACCGAAGCGAAUCUGAUGUCAAUUGUCCCAUCACAGCUUCACAGAAACGGAAGUGCAGCGUAUGCUAUCUGCGCAGCAUUGCAGCCACCAACAAAAUUACGUCUGAGGAAAGACCACAACAUGUGAGUGUUACCAUGGCUACCAAUGACAACUACCACCGUCAGAGUUUAGGAAACUCCUCUAUGCAGUAUAUGUCGGCAAAUGCCACACAACAAUCUGGGAAACUAAAACAAGCCAAGAGCAAAGUAUCAAACUUGUUUACAGGAAGUCAAGUAGGCCGUUUGGGCGAGCCUGUAAGAUACCGCUAUAAGCCACUGAAAAAUCCGGAAGAAAGAAAAUCGUGGAGUUACGAGCCCGAAUGGACGAGCAUUGGUGCUUUCUUGAACAAAAGCCCUAAAUCUGGCAGUUACGGAAGCAUAAAGGAUUCAGAAGGGAAGUUUGUGGACCGCUAUGGUAGACGAUCACGUGACUCGCUUGAUGCCGGGGACGAGGUUGUGGAAUACGCCCUGAGGCUCCGCCCACGGAGACGUCAGGUCAUAGAGCUGCAAGAGUUUCCCCCGGGAUAUUCGAAGAGUUACAUGGACGUCGAUUUGGAAUCUGACCCCGGGGUUGUGUUUGAUCCCAACCGGGAUCAGCUUCAUAGAAAGAAUAGAAAGAAGUCUUGGGUUUCCGAACGGUUGACUUCCGAGUCAGACUUAAGAAAGUUUUCUCUCACUGAUAAACUAGGGAAUUACGACGAGUCAGAAGAUCUGUUUAAUACUGCAAAGCCACGAAAGAGCAGCUUAAAGAUGGGAACGACGCGAGGAAAAGCAAAGCCUAAGGUGGUGCAUUUCUUUCCUUCGACUUUCAACUUCGAGGCACAAUUUGUUCAAAUUCCACCUAAGAACAAAAUGGCGGAGCCUGAAAUGGUAGUAUUUGAGAGGCAUUUCAAUAUUUCUUAUUGCGAAUCCAAGAAAAACUCUAAGGUUGUUGAUUCUGAAAUCACGCAAGAAUCAAGGCUUGACAAUGCAAAAGCUGGUAGCAGUGAAUCGAUUGGACUACCCGGAAACAAAAGAAAUGACUUCGCCUUUAGUAGUAGCAAAGAACACGCUGUUGAUUGCGACAUCCCAAGUCCCUCGAUGGACGUCACAAGGGACGAAACUUUUAUACCGUCACGUGACUGUACUGGUUCAUAUUUCAAUAACGGCUGUAGAUCUUCCACGGACGUUUUGCCAGGUUCCAAAGAAAUACUCCCCGUAGAUAUGGGAUCCCAAGCUUUUCAAGAAAAAGGGAAGAAGAAAGGCCCCAAGAAUUUUGACACGUUGUCAAGUCCUUUUAUAGAUCUUUGUAAAAAUGACCUGAAUUACAAACCUGAACCAUUGGCUGGAUUGCUCUCUCCUGUUAGGAAAGUGGCCCACAAGAGAGGAACCAGCGAUAAGGGCACAGUGACGUCUCAGGCCGUGGGGGACUUGGUUUGUGUUAAGUCAUACGUACAACCGCUGAGCACCUCUAAAUAUGCAGCGCCUUAUGGAGACAGCAUUUAUCAGCCUCAACCAGGUGAUACAAGGAAAUUUAAAUCAAGCCAAUCACAAAGCAGAUUUGAAAAUGACGUCUGCGGCAUGGACAAAACGUCAAUUUAUGAGCCGCUGCAGCGUUUUCCAGAGAAAGAAACGAAUGAAGAAAGCUGAGGCAAAAUGGCAAAACCUGACCUAAAAAUCUAGUAAUGAGAACGUUCACGAGAAAAAUGACUCAACAAUCCCUCUACUUUUCAAGUUAGACUACGAGAAGUCCUUCUUUCGCUUAGUUCGUCGAGCGUGGCCUGAAAUAACCUGCGAGGUAAAAAAUGGCCGUGUGAAAUCCUGGGGCGGGCGGAGGGAACGCGCAGGGCCGUUUUUUCGCGGUUUUCUUUCGCGCCGCGCACGACGGACUGAACAAAAGAGGGACUACUAGUAGUCUAUUUUCAAGGUUUAUCAGCGUAAAAGUUCUCCUGAUAUUCGAAACAUAAUUUCUCUCGACUACUGCAGCUAUAGGAAAUCCAUGGAGACUUGUUUGUUGACUCUCACGUGACAUAGCGUGGAACCCCGACUUAAUGAGACCCUUUAUAGGAAUGUCCCACAAAAUGAAAGAUGUUCUUCUGCUCGACCAAAUUUUAACAAACUGAGUAGACUGUAUGAAACCUAGCAUAAUGAGAUGCCGUUUUAACAAAAACAUUUUCCCCGUUCCUUGACGAUUUGUUAUAUCGGGGCUUCAUCAUGCAUUGUACUUUGUGCAACUUCGGUUGUUUCACUAACUAGACUACAGAGCUCGCGAAUAAAUUUCCGUAGGGCGGUAAAAAUGGGAGGGUGGGGAAUGAUAGUGGUGGCGAUAGUGAGGUGGGGGGACGGGUGGGGAGAGGCACAGAUAACGUUUCACGGAAAAUAAAACGACAAUUUCACGUUUUAUUCCGCCAUUGUCAGUUCACGAUCUUCAGGACGUAAAAACAAAUCGGCCACCUUUCACGGAAACUAAGUACUCGAUACUCGUAAAACAGAUAAUCAAUCAUUUCUUACAAAAAGGAUAUAAUUCAUGGCUCAUGAAAAUACCCGUACCAUUAUUACUGCUUUUUUGCAUAAAAGACUUGUUUUAAAAGCAGAUAAUUUUUUAAAUAUUAUUUUGAAUACAACUUUUUGUUAUUUGCUGAAUAAAUUUCCGUUAUUUACUUAA